GAAGUUUUUUGAUCAGUAUACAUUCGAGUAUCCUCAUCAUCAACGUCAUCCUAGCGGCAAAGGAACAGUUAGCGCGGGUCCCUGCACCAAGCGGGGUCUUCCAAGAUGACGAACUGAAGAACUAAGAAGAAUGAAGAAUCCCCACUUCUUCAUCGGCGAGCCGAGGCUUUGGCUCUCCUCGGGGUCAUGCCCGUUUCGGGACUCUCCAUCCUUUUCUUUUGCCCCCGACGAUUCUGCGUCUCCUCUUGUUCUUCUGUCCUUUUCUUCUGUCCGGGGUUGAUCUUCGUCAUUCUUUUUAUUGUCACCUUUCGGUUGUUCUUCUGUCUCUCUGUAUCCUCACGUAUGCACAAUGAGUAAUCUCAAGAACCCCCUCGGCCUAUUGAUGGCAAUUCUCAUACGAGUGCCCCUCGUGCUCAAGACCAUCCUACUCCAUAGCAUUCGUCUCUCGCCUGUUACCGGAAAACAAGACCUGCGCACCGAGUUAACCGUCGCCAUCCUCCGCUCGAUCAUCGUCUUUACCUCGCCCGUCGGCAAGCAGCAAAACGACAGCUUGCGCGAUCCCGGGAUCAAGGGUCCCAUGUGGGUGUCCAAGGUGACCCUUCCUCGACCGGAGGAUGAUGUCCAGGAUGCGGUCAUCCGAGCGAUCGAGGAACUGAAAGUGGGGGACGAGUCAUACAAUAUUCCGGGGGUGGUGCCGGUUGAGGCCGAGUGGACGGGAUAUCGCAGUGGCGUGGGUAAGAACGCACCGCAGCCGGAUAUCUCAGAAGAGGCCAAGUAUGAGGAGCUGCGAAAAGAGUGUAAAGAGGAUAUGGUAAUUUUGUAUCUGCAUGGGGGCGCUUACUUUCUCCUCGAUCCUUGCACUUAUCGCCCGGUCGUAACCCAACUGUCGAAGCGUACAGGCGCUCCAGUCCUAUCGGUGCGCUACCGUCUUGCUCCCCAGAACCCGUUCCCUGCGGCUCUCAUCGACGCCCUUGUUGCAUACCUCUCGCUCGUUUCCCCGCCUCCGGGCUCUCUGCAUGAGCCCGUCCCACCAAGUAAGAUCAUCAUCGCUGGCGACUCGGCUGGAGGCAAUCUCAGUCUCGUUCUCCUGCAAACCAUUCUCACGCUCCGUCGCGCCUGCCCCGUCGUUCGCUUCCACGGACGAGACGUCCCCAUUGAGCUCCCCGCCGGUGUAGCCACCAGCUCCCCGUGGUGCGACGUCACCCGGUCCAUGCCCUCGGUCUUUCACAACUCCGUAUACGACUAUCUCGACCCUCCCACCCAGAACCCAGAGGUAUCCUAUCGCCCACUCGCUGUUCCCGAGGACGACGUCUGGCCUGUUAAACCGCCCCGCGUCGAUCUCUACGCUAAUGCCAACGCCCUCCUUCACCCACUCGUCAGCCCGCUCGCCGGCCGCGCGGAGAUCUGGCAAGGCGCACCCCCCAUUUUUAUUGCCAUGGGCGAGGAAGGCCUUUCAGAUGAGGGACUGAUUCUCGCCCGCAAGAUGCACCGCGCGGGUGUCCCUGUCAUCGUGGAGCAAUUCGAAGGCAUGCCGCAUUGCUUCGGACUGAUCAUGAUGGGCACCCCCGCUGGCCGUCGGUUCUAUGACAAUACGGCACAGUUCUGCCGUGAUGUCGUCACGGGCACGCUUACCGCGGACACUCCCACGCCCGGGAAUGUCACCUAUAUCGGGUACAAGCUGCGACAUACGCGUGAGAUUCCUCUCGAAAAGGCAGUUCCCUUGACAGACGAGGAGGUCGCGGAGAUCUUACGAAAGGGUGCUCAGUGGCGCGUGGAGGGAGAGAAGGAGCUCGAGGAAGAGUGGCUUGGGAAGGCGAAGCUAUAGCCUGCGCGUUGUCUAACAUCAAGAUUCUGCAAGUCGGCGUUGGGUCUCAACUUUGCUAUACCCUUUUUUGUUACCUGUUUUCUAUAGAUCAUGUGUUUAACUGUAUAUUAUCGCAUGGACAUACACGAUACCAUACAUAGAUCGAGAUACAUACUCUUAGAGCCAAAUCG